AUGCAUGCUGCUUGGGAUAAGUACAAAUCAACUAGGAAUAAGGUCAAUAUUGCCCUACGACAAGCUAAAACAGAUUAUUUUCGCACUAAAAUAUCAAAUCAAAAUAAUAAUCCAAAAGAGGCUUGGAAGACAAUCAAUAACUUACUCGGUCGUUCUCCAG